CAUUCCGUUGCAUUGCGUUGCACAUAGUCACGACUCGCGCACCGUUCUUAACGUUCGACUCGUCCAGUGGAGUAAAAUAGAGAAACGAAAUCGGUAUCGUUACAGAAACGUUUUGUUUUUUUUUUUUUUUUCCUCUAGAUAUAAUCGCGCGCGUAUAUAUCUAUACAUACAUAUAUAUAUAAACGUAUAUUAUUUAUACGUCCUUAUCCGAAAUCGAAUUUAUAAAUUCCCGCCAGUUGCCGACUGACGUGCAUACCGGUAACAAUCUUCAGUGCGAAUUGUUGAUAAUAAUUUUUAAACUAUUUAUAAUAUAUCGUCAUAUCGGUACACAUGUAAAACAGUUUGUAAUAAAUAUUAAAUAAUAUUAUUAAACAUUUGAAUCGUAUUGAAAUAACAAUACGUGUACGGACGGUGAAAAAAAUAAAUAAAGUAACGAUAUACGGAACAUAAGAAAAAUCGUUUCAGACGGAAUCGGUCGAAUUUCUUAGAAAAUCGUUAACUCCGAAGAGUGAAUCUCGUCGUAGAUUCAUAAUUAAUUUUUAUUUUAUUUUUUUCGUCACACUUGCACAUUUAAUAAGAAAAAGCCAUGGCUUUCAUGAUGCCUGUUGUAAAAAACGAUUACAAUAUUUAUAAAUCGAACCGGAACAGACGCGUUUCCGAAUGUUCCAACGACAAGACAUCCGCCUCUUCGGCUUCGUCGUGCGGCGGCACUAGACGGCUGCACAGCGGUUCCCGGUCGGCGGAUGGUCCGUCGCUAUCUACGUCGCCUGGUAGCGAUUUUAUGGUAGGCUCGCCGGCCCAUCGGUCGCUUGGUGGAGUGUCCAAGCAAACAGCUUUCCACCACGGCAGCCUGCAACACCACCACGGAGUAGCGUCCAGAAACUCGUCGCGGAACUCUCAGUCCAGCCUGCAGAGCCCCGCCAAGUCUUCGUCAUCGUCCUCGUCGCCUCCAAAGAUUUCAUCCACGUCGUCGCUGAACAUGUUCCACUCGAAGCUCGUCGAUAAGCUCAGACGGUCGCUGACGUCUAAGUCCAAAGACAGUAGUACAACGACAGCAUCAAGCAAGGAUAUUGCGAGGAGAAGAUCCUGAGAUAUGGCCAAAGAUGACAACCAUCAACGGUCAGUACCAAACCUGACUAAAUCAGCAAAAAGCCGGCCAGUGUCCACUAUGGCCACAUCCUGUCCGUUGGGCACCAACAUUGCGCUAUGACAAUACAAACAAUAAAAAAUCCAGAAAACCUACAGAAAAUCAUAGUGUACUCUUGUGUGCAAGGGUAAGUGCCGGCACUUUGUUUAGAAUAAUAAAUUAUUUAUUAAACGAGUUGCAUCUAUUUUAAAAUGCUAACUUUGUUUUUUUUAAAUGGAUGCGUCGUGUGUUUUGGUUAAUAAUAGAGAGUAUUCUAAAAAAUGUAUAAUAAUAGCCUAUUUUAAGUUGAUCUUUAGCCUAUGUUAUAUAAAAAAAAGUUUUUAGUUACAUUUUAUAUGUAUAUAUUAAUAUUGACAGCUUAUGGCUUAUCUCAGCAUUAUGGUUUGUUUUUAAUAUUAUUUUUUAGUACUUUAUGAAUAUUACUCUAUGAAAAUUAUAUAAAGUACUUGACUAAUUAUAACUUAAGCCUAUCAAUCAAUAGGGGACAAGGUCUUACAACCUAAAUGUUUAAUGUAUUAUAUUAUUGUUGAAAAUGUCUUGAUGUAUUAACAGUGAUCAAAAAAUGAGGGUUAUUUAAAAUUAAGAUACUCUGAUAGUGUCAAAUAUAAAAUCAAUGAAAUUUAAAUAAAAUUUUAAAUCCAACAGGAUUCUAGGCAAGAUUUAAAAUAAAUUAUUUGGUAGGCUCUUAUUGUUCUUUCUUACCAACCCGCCUACUUUAGUGUAUAAAUAAAUGUAUAUAAUAUUAUAUCAAUAUGUAAUUUGGGGGUAAAAUUUAAUUCAAAAGCUUUUUUUUUUU